CUCUGCUUUCAAAAUGCCUUCAAGCUUGAGAGAAAGAAGCCACAGUUUCCUGUCCCACAAUGCUGCUUUUCGUGUUGGUCUUGUCUCUUGUGGCUCAAGCCUGCUCAGCAUCUCCAACUACCCAACAACCAAACAAAAAAACAGAUCAACAUCUCAAAAGCAUAUUCGUCCUGGCCGGACAGAGUAACAUGGCGGGUCGAGGUGGCGUGGUUAACGACACCACCACAGGCAUUGCCACCUGGGACGGUGUUGUGCCGCCAGAGUGCCAACCCAACCCAUCAGUCUUCCGGCUCAAUGUGAAUCUCACGUGGGUUAAAGCAAGCGAGCCUCUCCAUGCCGACAUUGACGUGGAGAAGACCAAUGGGAUUGGACCCGGCAUGGCGUUUGCCAAUGCGGUAUUGGCCAAUCACUCUAGUACCGUUGGUCGGAUUGGGUUAGUCCCCUGUGCGAUCGGCGGUACUAACAUAACCCAGUGGAGACGUGGCUCCUUUCUGUACAACCAGAUGAUCAGGAGGGCCAAGGCUUCGUUGCAGAAUGGUGGUUCGAUCAGAGCACUUCUGUGGUAUCAGGGCGAGAGCGAUACAGCUAGUAGAGAAGACGCUCUGUCUUAUAAAAACAGAUUGGUAACUUUUUUGGGGGAUGUACGUUUGGAUCUGCAAUCUCCUGAUCUCCCAGUAAUCCAGGUGGCUCUAGCAUCUGGGUAUGAAGCAACACUGAUAGAGAUAGUUAGAGAAGCCCAGCUGGGAGUCGACCUUCUAAACGUGAGAACCGUCGACGCCAAAGGUCUGCCACUGGAGCCUGAUGGCUUACACCUCACUACCCCUGCCCAGGUUGAACUUGGGAAAAUGUUGGCUGAUGCGUAUCUUCAGUUCCUGCCCAGCGCCAUAAGGGCGGAGCUACAUGGAGGCUAGAAUAUGUCAGGACCUAUUUUGGAAUUUCACCCAUUUAGACUUGUUGUUUCCUGGUAUAUUCAAUAAGGAGUAUAUGGUCCAUUGGUGGAGUAGAGUUUAAAGUUUCCAACGAGCCAUGGGUUUGAGACUUUUUUAUGCAAACAAUUUUCUGAUUCUUUUACCAUCAAGUUUUAUAACUAGCCUUCUGUUUUAUCA